AUGUACAAGGGUCUGUUCAGCUUUGAAAACUUGCUGUUCUCCUUUGAGGCAAAGGCCCAGAACGAUCUGGAGGCCGAGUCUCUCAAAGAAGAGGCAGAGCUGGAAAGGAAUUUCACCGCGCCGCCAUCGCUCACCUCGGCCUUCAAAGACAAGGACGAGGAUCAAGAGGAAUGGUUUUGGCCGUGGAUCCGAACGGUUCGUAGAGGUCGAAAAGAGCAAGUCCAAGGAGGUCGUAUUGCAUGUGCUUCCAGCAUUUUCCUUCGUUUCGUGAUGCACCGGUCUCCUGCGUCUGGAACAUCGAAGCUGAAACAUUUUGAUUUGUAUGGAAAGGUUCAUGACGACUAUAGGAUCAAAACGCAGAGUGGCGGCAUCAUCUCUUUGGUGUCGAUGCUCAUAAUGGCUUUGCUUUUCCUAUCGGAAUUGCAAAGUUAUUUGAGAGCCGAGAUUCUGGACCACAUCGUGGUCGACACCACUCUGAAUCAGAAGCUUCCGAUUGGACUCAAUAUCACUUUUCCUCACAUCAGAUGUGAUGAGGUGUCGGUGGAUACAGUUGACUCCAAAGGCGAGAAUCAGGUGGACAUUGCGGGCACCUUGACCAAAGUGAACCUGGAUCUGGCUGGAGCUCCAUCCAAAGGGGAUCCAGUGGCAAAGCCUGGGGAGUGCUUUUCGUGUCUGGAAGCACAAGAUCUGGCCCAGAAGGGUGAGAAGUUGUGUUGCAACACGUGCCAGGACUUGAAGGAGACCUAUCAAGACUUUGGCCUCCCCUACUUUCACAUCUUGGACUCGGCGAUGCAAUGCCGAAACAGCGUGGGCUGUCGCGUCCAUGGAGAUGUCUCGGUGUCCAAGGUGGGAGGCAACGUUCACGUGGCCCUUGGCAAAUCUACGGUGCGCGACGGAAAACACGUGCACGAGUUCAACCUCAAGGAUGUCAGUGAUGGCUUCAACACCUCCCACAUUAUUCACCGCCUUGAGUUCGGCGAGCGUGUGCCGGGCGUGGAGUCUCCCUUGGAGGGCACUGCAAAGAUCGUGCUGAAGGGAGCCUACAUGUUCCACUACUACAUCAAAUUGGUGCCCACCCUCUUCGAACGAGAUGAUGGCAAGUCCCAGUACACCCACCAGUACUCGGUGACGGGCCAAGAGAAGGAUGUGUUGGUGCGGCAAGGAGAGCUGGCAGGGCUGCCAGGAGUUUUCUUAGUCUACGAGUUCACCCCCUUUAUGGUCCAGAAGAGCGUCAAGGAGGUGCCGUUUUCGCACUUCCUCAUCUCCGUCUGUGCCAUUAUUGGCGGUGUCUUCACGGUGGCUGGGCUGUUGGAUGCCUUACUCUACCGGACCACGAAGAGGUGGAAGGGCAAAGCGCACAUCUGA